UAGUUUUAAGCUAAAUGUAUAUUAUAAAUAUUUUUUUCUUAACUGUUUAAAGACUGCAGCCCGAUAUGCAAAAAAAAAAAAAAAAAAAAAAAUCCUAUGUUAUUUCUUCCUUAUUGUGCAUGCUAUUUGCUACAUAAGAAUUGUCAAUCUUUUUAUUUGCAGAAUUCAGACCUAUAUACUUACAAAAACUAUAAGUGCUUCAAUGAUUCCGAAUUACCAAGAACAACUGAAUACAGGAGAAGGAAAACACAGCUCACAGGUAAUUACAGCAACAAUGAGGCCACCACAGAAAAUGACAGUGUCCAUCAUUGCCAGUACACAAGACCAGCAUUUAAGCGAUACAAAAUGGAAGGCCAAGUGCAGGAAACAGUUGAGUGGACUGUUGAUGAGACCAAUAACGAUGGAAGAGGGCAGGCUCCCCAGAUCCCCAGAUGCCAGUCUCUUGGGAGUCCUCAUCAAGAUCCAAACAUACAUUCUCAGACACUUCAGAACAGGCCAGAUAUUGUUUGUGGGGGACACCAUGACCAUACAACUGAUUUUCAACCAGCACUCGAGACACCUCACCUGAAACAAGGAACAAACUCAAAUCUAUCACAGGGAUCAGAAGAAGAUGAGAUCCUUUACCCAGGAGCACCUAUCUCAAGAGGACAGAGUCUGCUGCUUUUGAUGUCCUUCAUUUUGAGACACAACCUCACAGGGACAGCUCUUGAAGACCUUCUCAAACUGUUUAACGAACAUUUCCCAGGAUCAGUGCCAGCUACUUCUUACCUAUUUCAUAAAGCUUAUGGGCAGUAUGGACAAUAUGAACCACAUUUUUACUGUUCUGGAUGCACAAACUAUAUAGGUAAGGUUAAUAGUCAGACACAGUGUUCUAUAUGUCACAUGAUGUUGGAUGCAGACACAAAUUUAAAAAACGGGGCGUAUUUUUUAGUUUUGAAUUUAUCAAGCCAAAUUAAGGACAUUCUUGAAAAUCCCAAGAAUACUUUAGAAAGAAAAAGGUCUACUAAUGGCAUUAUUAGUGACAUACAGUCAGGAAUGGAGUAUGAAAACCUAAUCAGGAGUGGUAAAAUGAGUGAAGAAGACGUGUCCUUACUAUGGAACAGUGAUGGUAUCCCAGUUUUCAAGAGCUCAAGUUGUCAGCUAUGGCCCAUUCAGUGCCAAAUCAUUGAGCUGGAUCCAAAAGAACGAAAAAAUAAUAUCUGCAUACCAUGUAUUUGGUUUGGAGAGAAAAAACCCAACAUGACAACUCUGUUAACUCCAUUUGUUGAUGAGCUUCAAAAACUGGAGCAAAAUGGAAUACAAUGGACAGACAAACAGAACCAGCAACAUUUAUCUAAGGUGCAUGCCCUGGUCUGUAGCUCAGAUUCAGUGGCUCGUCCUCAAAUUUGA